AUGGUCACUACGUGGAUCCUCAACUGUAUUUCGAAAGAAAUUGCUGGCAGCUUCAUGUAUGCGAAGUCGGCACGAACACUAUGGCUGGAUUUGGAAGAACGGUAUGGAGAAUGUAACGGCCCCUUGCUCUAUCAACUUCAGCGAGAAAUUGCCUCGAUGACACAAGGAAAUAAGUCAGUGGCUGAAUACUUUUCUCGAUUGCACUUGAUUUGGGAUGAACUUGAUUUGUUAAUGCCCACUCCUCAAUGUACAUGCGGGUGCACUUGUGGAGCUUUUAAAGCAGCUGCAGACCAGGCUACGUUUAUUCGACUAACACAGUUCCUCAUGGGAUUGAGUGAAAACUUUGAUCACCUUCGCGAUCAGUUACUUGUCAUGGACCCAAUACCUACGGUGAACAAAGCAUACUCGAUGCUUCAGAGAAUAGAAAAGCAGAGAGAAGUGAAUUUGGAGGGAGGAGAUUCGCUAGAUGGCGUUGUGAUGCAAGUAAGAACAGGGAGUAGACGAGAGCUUGCUGUAAAAUCUGGACAGCAAAGAGGUCUUACUGAUAAGAGGGGCUUACACUGCAGCAACUGUAAUCGCACGGGACACACCAGAGAUACAUGUUUUAAAUUGCACGGAACCCCGGACUGGUACAAAGAACUAGUUGAGAAGAAGAAGAGAGAGGCACCGGCAAAGGCGUAUAGUGCGCGGCUGGACGAACCACGUAAAGAAAACAGUCAGGAAAUAUUGUUGCAGGAGCUGAUACAAUUGAUGAAAGCAGAGAAACAAAUCCCUGAGGAUCCUUUGCAAGCAAAUUUCGCACAACUAGACAACUUCGCAGGUAAGAGUUGUGCAUUUUCUGGUGUUAAAAAUGUGCUCUUAGAUUCUUGGAUAAUUGACACAGGCGCAACAAACCAUAUGUGUGCAAACAGACAAGCUUUUCGAUCUAUUACACCUUUCCCACAAUCCACCCUCAUAUAUCUUCCAGAUGGUACAUCACAGUCCGUAACACACAAGGGAAAUAUCACUUUACACUCAACUCUCACCCUCAAAGAUGUCCUAUAUGUGCCUCGUUUUCAAUACAAUCUAUUAUCAGUUUCGAAGCUUUGCUUGCAUUCUUCUAUUGCAAUGAAAUUUUACCCUUCGUAUUGUCUCUUACAGGACCUGGCGACUGACAAGAUCAUAGCUGUAGGAAAAGUUCACAGAGAUCUUUACAUACUAGACAAGACCUCAUUUCAUCCCGCUGCUUUAACCUCCUUAAACUCUGUUAGAAGUACUUUGCCUGUAGAGUCUGUUAUCUGCAAUAACGCCUUAUGGCAUAGGCGUCUAGGACAUCCCUCUUUACAUGUUUUGAAACACGUUCCAGAUAUAAAAAUUUCUGAUACAUAUGAACCUU